AUGCGACGACUCCUGCAAUGGAGAGGAUACGCAGUGGCAGUGGGGGACGGCGACACGGACCACUACUGCUGGCAGCGGCCGGAGGACAUGACGACGUCGCGGCAGGCGUACCGCAUCGACAAGGACAACCCGGGGUCCAACCUCGCCGGCGAGACCGCGGCCGCCCUCGCUGCGGCCUCCAUCGUCUUCCGCCGCUCCGACCCGCACUACUCCCACCUCCUCCUUACACUACUCCUGCACCACGCGCAGCAGCUGUUCGAAUUCGGCGACCGGUACCGCGGCACGUACGACAGCAGCAUCGCGGAGGCGCGCAGCUACUACGCGUCCGUGACCGGCUACCGCGACGAGCUGUUGUGGGCCAUGACCGAGUUCAGCUGGGACGUCAAGUACGCCGGCGUCCAGGUCCUCACGGCUAGGGCUGGAAAUGGAUGUCUGGAGAUUCGAAUUAUCCGUAUUCGUAUUCGCUAA